AUGGAUCCUAAUGAACGUCGUGACUUGAAUGCGGAUAAUAUGGAUAGAAAUAAUAAGUACUAUAACCAACAACGGCAUGCGUUUAUGAAUCCACCGAAUCAUCAGUACGGAUUCGGCAGUGGAACCAGUGAGGAUUGGGGAAGAUGUGGACCGCUUGCGGUAGGACGAAACCCGGUGAACCAAAGAAGUGGCUGGUAUGGUCCGAAUGCUUAUUCAGCAUACCCGGAUGGUGGUAAUUAUUACGGAUCAGGCUCAUGGCGUGCACCUUAUCGCCAGCAACAGCCGCCGUUGGAACCGGUAGAAUAUUCCAUACCAAUACAGUUUGGCGGUAGUCAUCGUACGGAGGACGAGCUGACCGAAUGCAGAUAUUAUAACGGUGUUUUUCGACGAGGCACACCACGACCGAUGAACUUUCAUUGUUAUGGAAAUAGGUUUGUUGAUGGUGGUAGUGUUAUUGUUGUGCGCUCGAAUAAUUCCAUCUUGGUUGUAGUNGAAUUGUACUCAGCCCUAAUCCCGCCAUCGCCGCAAGAGUAUCGUUGUGCUCAGGUUCGUGUCACACGAUCGAUGAGCCGUCGUUCAUCAACUGCUCCUAAUCAGCCACAACCUAAUCAACGACCGUCAGCAUCGAAUCGAGCAACAACAGAUACGUCAUCCAAUCAGUCCACCUCACAACCGCAGUCAAAACCAGCUGAAGCAGAGCAACAAACAGAGCGUCCUGUCAAAAAAAGUUUAUUGGGAAGAUUUUCGUUGAGAAAUAAACGGAAUGGAAAUGCAGAGAGUGCUGUCGAUGCGGCAAAUAAUGAUAAGAAGGAAACAACUGACACGAUGAAGAAGUUAAGCAAAGGUGUGGAAAGCAGUGAAAAAUCAGUGUUUUGGUGUGGAAAAUCAAAAGCUUCGUCACAAUCAGAACCAGAAGGAACUGCAACCAACACUGUCAGUCAGUUGUCGUCAGGCAAACGCACCAAUGCGGUGACAACUAGUAGAUUAAACACACUGCAAGCAAAAUCACUGAAGCGAUUGAAAAACAAGACUGUUGGUGUUAAACUUCCGGGCGGAGCGGCUGUAAAAGCGGAUCGAACGUCAAAAUGGGAGAAGGUAGCGAUGAAGAGUCGUGCGCUGUUUCUGAAGAAUCGAAGUCAGAAGAUGCUGAAAGAACGUCUCAGCAAAUAUCGUUUGGUAAGUCCUCGAUUGAAUACGAGCGCUCUGGAUGAUCCGAUGACAUCCGACACGACGAUAAGAACGCUUGCGAUCACAAGGAAAACGUCCUCAGUUGCACGUCGUCUAGCAGAUUUGAAUCGAUCACAGAAUAAGGCCGUCACUAAAGAGUCCAAAGCGAAUGACGUAAACGUUACUGCAACUCCAUCCACACCUGUUGCAACGAAUCCUUCGAAUGCAGAAUCACAAGUAACUGAUGCGUUGGAAUGCACUGCGCACACACCGCUCGCAUCCUCUUCCGCUGUCAGUAUGAAUGAUCUCAGCUUUACGCCGUUUUUUCAGUGUGACGACUGGAGAAAGGUUUCUACAGGAGACAACAUCUUUUUUGGAGAUUAUCCCGAAACUUCACUCAUUCACUCAUUUUUGAUCCAAUGA